AUUUUUUAUUAUAGACAUAUGGUGCUAAAUGCACAUCAUAACAGCAUCAUUACACACAUGUGUAACGAUAUAUAACGCGUGAGAGCCGCCACAGCAGCGCGCUCGGACGCGCAUUUUACGCACAAUGGAGAGCCUGCUGAAAGAAACGAUCUUCUGGCCCUUCAACGACUCCUGGGCCAAUUCAAGCAGGGGAAACGACAGCAGGGGACUGAACCAAACCGUAAAUCCUCUGAAGCGCAACGAAGAAGUGGCUAAAGUCGAAGUAACCGUGCUUGGGUUGAUUCUGCUGCUGGCGCUCGUCGGCAACCUGUGCGUCCUUGUGGCUAUCCAGGCGAGUAAACACAGUCAGUCGCGUAUGUACUAUUUUAUGAAACAUCUGAGCAUUGCUGACCUGGUGGUGGCGGUUUUUCAAGUUCUACCCCAACUUAUCUGGGACAUCACCUUUCGCUUUUAUGGACCAGACUUUUUGUGCCGCCUGGUGAAGUACCUACAGGUGGUUGGCAUGUUUGCGUCCACUUACAUGCUCGUGCUGAUGUCUAUCGACAGAUGUUUGGCUAUAUGGCAACCUCUGCGAUCCCUGCGCCGACGAAAGGAUCGUUUUUUCGUACUGGCCUCUUGGAUUAUAAGCCUGCUCUUCAGUUUGCCACAGGUGUACAUCUUCUCCCUCAAAGAGGUGGGUGACGGGGUGUUCGACUGCUGGGGGGAUUUUGUUCAGCCCUGGGGCGCAAAGGCUUACGUUACAUGGAUUAGUCUCACAAUCUAUAUCAUUCCUGUAGCCAUUUUAAGCGUUUGUUAUGGACUUAUAAGUUAUAAAAUAUGGCAAAACUUUAAGCUUAAGACCCGGCGCGACCAGUGCCUGUCGUUGACCCCGCGGCCAGCCAAGGGCACCGCGCUCUCCCGCGUCAGCAGCGUCAAGUUGAUCUCCAAAGCUAAGAUCAGGACGGUGAAAAUGACCUUUGUGAUCGUCCUGGCUUAUAUCAUCUGCUGGACGCCGUUUUUUUCCGUUCAGAUGUGGUCUGCCUGGGAUCCAAUGGCUCCAAGAGAAGCUAUGGCGUUCAUUAUUGCGAUGCUUCUGGCCAGUCUCAACAGCUGCUGUAACCCCUGGAUCUACAUGUUUUUCGCUGGUCAUCUGUUCCGGGAUCUCAUGCAGCGCUGUCUUAUGGCAUCACUCUGUGGCUGUAAGAGGCAAUGGAGAUCUAAGAGCCCUUCAGGCACGGGUGCAAUGAGGAGCACCAGCAGCCAGAAGAGUGUGACACAGUCCUCUACUACAUGAGAGACAAUUGGAAUACAUGCAGUUCAUAUGACCAUAGAACAAUAGACAGAACAACAGAACAAUAACAUAACAUAAGCUAAGGAAUAAUUUCAUGUGAUUUUUACAGGUGUGGUGCAGAUCUCAGUUACAUUAACCAUGGAUAUUCUCCAGUCCUCUUUAGCCUAAAAUGUGUAUCUUUAUAUAAGCACAGCUUGAGUUAUUUGCAUCCAUCUAAUCUUCAAGGCAAUGUUUUUUUUUCUUUUUUUUUUUGUUGUUGUAGGGAGUCAUUUACAUGUGUAUGCUCAAAGGGACAGUUCACCCAAUAACAACAUUUACUGAAAAUGUACACACCCUCAGGUCAUCCGAGAUAUAGAUGAGUUUGUUAUUUUAUUGAAACAGAUUUGGAGAAAUUAAGCAUUACAUCCCUUGCUCACUAGUGGCUCCUCUGCAGUGAAUGGGUGCCAUCAGAAUGAGAGUCCGAACAGCUGAUAAAAACAUCACAAUAUGACUCCAGUCCACUCAUCAUAAUUUGAUUUUCACAUCAUUUGCAGAUCACAUAUCAAUGGGAUUAAAGAAUAUUUGAAGAAUAACUUGGUGCUAUUUUCUUUUGAAGCCAUGCAGAGGGACUACAGGAGUUACUUUAAAUAAUAUUUAAAUUAAAAGCUACUGCAUGAAUUUAGAAGACUUUGAAUUGCCUGCAUUGUUGUACUUGAAUGGACUUUCAUGGUGCUUACAUGAAGCCUGACAACAUGAUAAAACAAUAUGCAGAGAUCAGUUGGAGAAAAAAAGUCAUGCUGAUUUCGAUGUGAGGGUGAGUAGGCUAUAAAUGAUGAGAACAUUUUCAUUCACUGUGACUAUUCCAUGGUUUUGAUGUUCAGCAGUGUUCCUUUACCAGGUUAUUUUUUAUUUUUUUUGUAGAAAUAUCCUGUAAAUAUUGUGCACGCAGCAGCUCAUUCAGGCUGUGAUUCAUUUGAAGAUAAUCUUAUAUUUAUUAAACUCUUUUGUGUUCUAACAAAUGUAUUUGUGGAUAUGUGGAUAUAUGGAUAUAUGAAUGAACAUGAUCGAUCUCUGAUGGA